CCUGGCUCCCUCUCCCGGAGUCUGGCGGUGCGCGUGCGCCAAUUUGCUGUAGCAAGGAGGACGGAUCAGGGGCGGUGACUCCUCGCGGAGCCCCGCUGAUCCUGAGGUAGCCUCUCUGCCGCCAUGGCUGAGAAAGUGGAGGGCUUCUCCCGAGAACCGGAUCCCGACCUUGAGGCAGCCGCCAAAGUAGGACCUGAGGUGUCCUCCGCCGGGACCUCGGAGUCGAGGAACUAUGACAGCAACUGCGUGUUCUGCCGCAUCGCGGCGGGCCAGGAGCCCGACACUAAGCUUUUGCACUGCGAGAAUGAAGACCUAGUUUGUUUCAAAGAUAUCAAACCAGCCGCAUUUCAUCAUUAUCUUGUGGUACCAAAGAAGCAUAUUAGAAACUGCAAGGAUCUAAGUAGAGAUCACAUAGAAAUGGUUGAGAGCAUGGUAACUGUUGGAAAAGCCAUUCUUCAAGAGAAUAAUUUCACCGAUUUAACAGAUGUGAGAAUGGGUUUUCAUGUGCCACCAUUCUGUUCCAUUUCCCAUCUGCACCUUCAUGUUAUAGCACCAGUCAAAGAGUUUGGCUUCUUAUCAAAACUGAUUUACAGGCCAGGUUCUUAUUGGUUUGUCACAGUUGAUCGUUUGCUUGAAAAUCUAAGAAAGAUGUGAACCAUGGACAGGUUCCCUAACUUGCCCCAGGAUGACCUACUGUUUUGCUCUUUUUGAAGGCUAAUUACAGUGUGAAGGUUUGCUGGAUUAUAGCCAAUGCUACCACUGAUAGCCUUACAUUUAUUUCUCUCAUCUGUCAUAUAGUUAUCUGGGAACUUUUUCACUGACUUCUUUGUUUUAAUGCUCAUUUACGUAAGGUCUUAUGCUAAGAUACCAUAGCCAAAAGUCCAUUUAAUACAAAUUCUAUUAAUCAAGAUACAUCCUAUAUUUUUUUAAAGUUAAGGUUUCAUUAAUGGUCUUAAUAUUAAUGAUAUUAAUAAUAAUUUGUGAUGAAUAAACUGGCAAUAAAAAUUAGAACUUUUUUUACAGUAAAGGAGAAAAAGAAAUUAGCCAUUUUAUAAUAGUUUUACAGUCUUACACAUAGAAUUUCAAAAUAAAGGGUGCCAUGCUACCAGUAUUCUCUGAUCUUGAUGAUAGAAACAGUUAUACGUGUCACUCUGUAUUGGUUUCACACAACACACACACACACGUUUCCCCUUAGCCAUAGGGAAGAUAUUCUCUGAAUCUCUCAGUGAUUACCUGAAUUCCACAAAUCCCAUAAUAUAUAUCUUGUGCUUUUUCAUUAUGUACAUACCUUAGGUAAAUAGUUUAUAACAGGCAUAGCAAGAGAUUAAUGACAAUG